UCCAUUUUAUAGAAACGAAAUUGUCUAUGGCAAAUCCAAAGAAAGGUGAAGCUAAACAAAAGGCUAGAAUGUAGAUAACAUUUACUAAAUUAUUAGUUAAAUAAUAAUUAAUUUUAACUACCAAUGCAUAAUUUUAAUCCACAUUUUAAUUAAUGUCAAUGUUAAGCAUACAGUGAUAUAAGAUAUCUUUGUAAGAUGAAGUUCAAAUGCAUCGUGUAAUGGUGGCCAUUAUAAGCAAUAAUAAUUAUGGAUAUUAUUGGUGUACUACUUGCCAAAUAACUGACUAAGAGUUAAGUGUUGUGCAUUUAUUUUUUGCAAGAUCAAACACAAUGUAAAUAUACAAUUACUCGGCGUUGUGUAAGUGAUUAUAGUUCAGUGUAAAUAGUCUCCUUACGAUGGCCCAGAAUCAAGGGGAGAUUCAGGUCACACCGAAUCAACCCGUUAAUAAAGACAAGGAUAUUUAUGCUUGCCUACCUGAUAUACGAACCAAUGGUCCUUUGGGACCAGAUGAACCGUGUCCUGGUGGUGAAGAAUUGCGAUGGUUGCCUGCGCAGGCUACUGAUAGAGACUUGGUUAUGUAUUUAAGAGCUGCACGUUCUAUGGCAGCAUUUGCUGGUAUGUGUGACGGCGGUUCACCCGAUGAUGGCUGCGUAGCUGCCAGUCGCGAUGAUACUACUAUUAACGCACUUGACGUACUCCAUGAUUCUGGGUACGACCCAGGUCGGGCUUUACAAGCGCUGGUGAAAUGUCCGGUUCCUAAAGGAAUUGAGAAAAAAUGGUCUGAAGAAGAAUCAAAAAGGUUUGUUAAAGGUAUCAGACAAUUUGGUAAGAACUUUUUUAAAAUAAAAAAAGAUUUGUUACCCCAUAAAGAUACUGCAGAGUUAGUGGAAUUUUAUUAUUUGUGGAAAAAGACCCCAGGUGCUAGCAGUAAUAGACCUCAUAGGAGAAGACGCCAGGCUUUGAGACGAGUUCGGAAUACUAGAAAUUCUAGAGCUGGAACUCCUAAAGAACAAACACCAGAAACCACACCUCCAAUACCAGAAACAAAUGGUUCUCGUCCAUCUCCAAAUCCAAAAGAGGGUGGUGAAAUGAGUUCAGUAACAGAAGAUGAAAACUCCGAGGAUGACAGUGACUCAAGAGAUGCAGGUGAUCUUGCCAAAGCUGAUAGUGGUAGAAGUGGGGAUAACCCUGAAGAUUCUCCCAGUAGAAUGAGGACAAGGAAUAAGUCAAAGGAACAAACAACACCCAAUAAAAAGAGUCAAGAGGAAAGUGAUACUGAUGUCAAAGUUAAAAAACCAACCAAAUCGACAAAUCAUCAACCAAGUGCGCAGAUAACAAAUAUAAUAAUUAAUCCACCUGAAAAAGUUCCACCUUCACCAGUUAGUAAAGAUCUGAAGAAAAAGGUUUCAAAUGGAAAGGUGGAUGUUUCUAAAGUUAAGAAGAGACUUCCUGAUGAUUCUAAGAUCGAAGGAAUUAUGGAUGGUGAUGUGCAAAUGAAGAAAAAGAAAGCAGCUGAACCUCCUGAAAGUCCAUCUGAGAGUCUCACUAAUGACAGCUUCCCAGCUAUGGAUGAAACGGAAACUCCUGAGGCUGAACCUGAAGCCUGUGAUUAUAGCUUUAACAAAAAUGAUAAAGAGAAUAUUGAGCAAAAUAAGGAGGCUGAAGUAGAACAAUCAAUUAAACCUGUAGAUGCACAAGUCAAAGUAGAACCUAAUGUUGAGCCUGUUAUAAAAAUGGAGAAAGAGUCCUUGCCUUCUGCAUUUAAAACUGUUUCCGACAAAGAUAGAAGCGCUUUAGAUCUUAAAACAGAUUCAAAUUUAGUUAAACCUCUUGAGAACAUAGAGCCUCGACCACUCACAGUGUUUCCAAAGACUGAACUUAUUAUACCUAAAGUCAAUAUGCCGACAGAGAGUAUGGAGAAGAUAAAAAUCAAGGAAGAGAUCGAUACAGAUGAACAGUCUCUAAACUUACAAAAGGAAGAAUUCCAAAAAGACCCUCUUGCUCAAAAUUAUCCACCACAUUCAAUAAAUCAAGUGAACAAGCCUCUUAAUCUAGAGCACACAAACUUCUUUGUGAAAGAUAGUCAUAUUUACAAUCCUAAACUUAGCCAUAACAUCAAAAUAGAGCCUGUUUCAAAUUCAAUAUUCAACCCUGUUAACAUCACAAAAGAUAGUAAUUCUAUUAUUAGAAGUGCUAAAGACUUUUCAAGUGGUAUGCCUCCAUUCUCAUACCCUCCAAAUAUAAAUUUUGCUAAUGAUCCCAAUAAACACAAUCAAUUAAUCAACCCCUUAAAAACAGUUAUAAAAUUAGAACCCAGAGAUGAAGCAUCUGAAAUGAAAAACCAGAAUACACCUGAAAUAUUUACUGCAACAAUAUCUGCGAAUAAAGUUGAUUCUCCAAAUAUACCUCGACUUGAUUCUUUGUCAAGGAUAAGUCCAUCUCCAACAAGUGCCCGUGGAUCAUCACCACCUCAUAUAGAACAUCCUUCAGGAAUCAACACAGAACCCAUUUCUCCGGCUAACACACAAGAAAUGAAAGCACAAGAAUCAGAUCCAGAUGAAAAACAGCCUACUGACUUAAAAACUCAACCAAUGCCUAAAAAUGAAAGCCAAAAUAUUAAUACUAGACCACCUAUGUUCCCUGCACCAAUAAGACCAGAAAAUUUGGGAUUAAGGCCUUCAGAAGCACCAACUGUACCUGUGUCUGGACAGAGUAUGCCACCACCAUUAAGUCAGCCCUCAAUAUCUGGCCUGCUACCUCCUGGUCCUCUAAUUUCAGUUAGUGGAGGUGCAACUAAUGUUGGACCUUACGGAUUUAUGCCAGCGGGAUUAUAUGGACAUCCCGGAUUAGAAAAACCAAAUUCCUUGCCACCUCUUAUGCAACAAAUGCCUCCAUCACAUAGCUUAGCUGGAUCUAGUUUAAUGCAAUCUCAAUCCAAUCAGAAUGAUCCUUCAAUGCCACAAGACUUGAAAAUAAAACAGGAAGUGCCAGAUAACAUGCCAGCUAAUCUUUCAACACAAAAUGUCACAGAUCCCUUACAAUCACUUAAAGAAGUAAAAGUGCCUGGGUAUCCCAUUGGAAGUUCGAUAGCACAACAUUUAAGUUCUGAAAGGGAUAGAGAUUCGAUGUCAAGUGUUGAAAACAAUAGCAGACCUUCAAGUCAACCUACAAAUGAUAAUUCAAGUAUGCAGAGUGCAUUCUUGGGACCAAGAAUAGAGAGCAUAAAAAAAGAACCAGAUUUCCUCCAUCAGCCUCAUAUAACGCCAGUUUCCUCACAUCAAGGGAGCAGCUCAGAUUCCGCUAGUGCCAUUCCUCCUGUGAAGAGUCCUCACACUCCAACACCAAUUAAGAGUCAGUCAGGCCAUAAUGGAACACCCAAUCAUCCCCAUCCCUCUGCUACUACAUCACCAUUCUCCAGACAUCUUACAAGCCCUUCUCAGCCAAGACAAAUAUCGGCAUCUCCUGUGCAGCCAAAUACACCAGUUUCACAUUCAGCUUUAAGUCUGAUGAAUCCAACACCAUUGUCCAUUCCAUCUACAAUGGCAGGUCCAGUUAUACACUCAAGUCAGCAACAUGGCCCACCACAUCCAUUUGCAUCUCACCUUCAUCAUCCCCACCACCCUUUACUACAUCCAUCAUCAAUAUUUCAAUUAUCAGCUGCUGCUGCAGCUCAUGCAAUGCAUCCCUAUUACCCACACCCACAUCCUGGAUAUUCAAUGCCCUACCCAUAUCCAUAUGGGCCACUUCCUCAACCACAUCCCAUACCUCCCAUGCACCCUUCGGCAAGUACUCCAGGGCGGCAUGAACCAAUAAAACCAAGUACAAUUGAAUCAACAACAAUGUUAAGUGCUCAUCAUAGUACCAGUUCAUCUGUUACAACGCGGUCCUUGCGGGAGAUAUCAGAGUCAUCAGAAGAUCCUAGAAAUCCAAAUGCAACUACAGAAAGGCAUCAGUUGCAUGAAACUACUAUGACACAUCAUCAUUCUACAAGUCACCAUAGUGCAGUGCAUACGAGUACAGAAAAACAGCCUAGUCAUGUGGGUGGUGGAACAAAUCAUACUCUUUCGAUUUCACAUUCAACAUCAAGCAGUUCUUCGCAGUCUAUACAACAUAAAAUAAACACUCAACAAAAAAGUAGUGCCCAUUCAAGUUCGCCCCAUCAUCUGGCGGCAAGUCUGUCACAAACAACAAGUUCAUCUUCAAGUGUUAAUGUGUCGAAUAAUCACACACAUCACCACUCACAUCACUUAGCUCACCAUCCCGAAAGGCUCUCUCCAGCAGAUUCUAUGCUCUUAAGGCACCACCCUAAGAUGCUUCCAGGCAAUCCAAACCACUUAAUGAUUCCACCUCCAUCUAUGGGCCACCCUAUGAGCUUAGCACUUCCACCAGGCCCGGGACCUAGCUCGAUCGAAAGCUUGAGGCUGCAUGCUCAGGCUGCAGCUGGGCUACAAGCAGCUCAUGCUAGAUCUGGAUCUCCCCAUCAACUUGGCCCAGGACAUCCACACUUAAGAGGGCCUCCACGACCAAUGCCUGAAGAUAACCCAGAAUUAAAAUUAGAAACUCAAUCAGUACCAGAAGAAGAAGAAAUUCCAAGCCCAGCCCAUAUUUCUCAUGGCCCCAGCCCAGAACCUAAAAUUGAAGAUACUGAGUGUCAUAGAUCACAGUCAGCUAUAUUCUUACGACACUGGAAUCGUGGUGAUUAUAAUUCGUGUACACGGACUGACCUUAUAUUUAAGCCGGUGCCUGAGUCAAAGCUUGCACGCAAGCGGGAAGAGCGUUUGCGAAAACAGGCAGAAAGAGAUCGAGAAGAACGAGAAAAAAUUGCUCAACAAGCGCACAGAAAAAUAGCAACACCUGAAAAACCUGACACAAAACCGCCUUCACGAGGGGCUAUAGAAACAAUAUCUUCUCCAUAUGACAGAUUUCCUCGCCCACCUGGGUACCCUGAUUCGCCAUCUUUAAGGCAGUUAUCUGAAUAUGCUCGACCGCACGCUGGAUUUAGCCCUGGAAAUCUUCCUCGACAUUGUAUGGAUCCUAUGCUUCAAUACCAAUUUAGUUCAAUGUAUGGUGCGGCUGGGGCGCGAGAGCGGCUCGAGUUGGAACACCUUGAAAGAGAAAAACGAGAUAGAGAAAUAAGAGAGUUACGAGAAAGAGAAUUGAACGACAGGCUAAAAGAAGAGCUACUGAAAAAUAAUGUAGGACCGAGAGCUUUAGAUCCUCAUUGGUUGGAGAUGCAUCGAAGAUACGGGAUGCCUCCACCUCCUCCUCAAGGUGCGAUACCAGUUCAAUUUGGACUAUAUCCGCCAGGUCAUGGACCGGGUGCAUUAUCCCAAUUAGAACGAGAACGACUGGAAAGACUGGGUAUUCCUCCAGGGGGUGCAGGCGGGCCACCACAAAAUGUGCCCGUUAGUGGUGCGCCCCCUCAUCAUCCGCACCAUCCUCAUCCCGGGGUCGCUGCAGCCCAACUGGAAGCUGCUGAGAGGCUAGCUCUAGCUGCCGAUCCAAUGGUGCGCUUGCAAAUGGCGGGUAUCAAUCCUGAAUACCAUGCGCACACGCACGCCCAUACCCAUGCACAUUCGCACACACAUUUACACCUACAUCCUGGACAGCAAGCAGCGGCACAAGCGCAGCAAGAUGCUUUAAGUCUUGGGCUCGGAGGAAGCGGCCCAUACCGACCGCUGCCACAUCCCGACUUACUCGGGAGGCCCUAUGCUGAGCAAUUGGCCCAACAAGCAGCAGCUCAUGAGCAACUCCAGCGACAAUUGCUUUUGGAGCGUGAGCGAGGCUUUUUACAUCCUGCGCAUCAUGAAGACUUUUUACGACAGCAAAGAGAGAGGGAGCUGAAGGUGCGGGCGCUCGAAGAAGCCGCUAGAGCGUCCCGCCCUUAGUACGCCGCGCGCCCUAAGCCCGACAACGACGUAGUCUUGAUCGAGUAAAGGACGCUCAACAGACGCAAAUGCCUUGUAUAAAUAUUGUCAAGUGUUCACGCGGUAGUGAUACGGGAUUGAGGACCGAACUAUUUAAUUUUAAAGUGUGGCGAUAUCUGUAAUUAAAUCACACAUAAGUUUAUAUUUUUAUAGCAUGGCAGUACAGUAUCUUCUUUUCCAUGCUCAAAUCUAUAUAUUAUAUCUCCUAGUCAUAAUUAAAUAUUAUUUGUAGACAGAUAAAUGAGUCACACAUUACUAUUAAUAACAGAGUGCUGUUAGUUUUAAAUUAUUAUUUUAUUGUUUUAUACAUUUUAGACGUACUAUGUAACAGUAAAGGUGCUUGGCAGCAUACAUGCGAAUGGACCAUGCAGUUAUAUAAUUAAUAAUCUCAACAUGAUUACGUUCAUGACGCAAAUAUAUUUUUUAACAAACUGUAAAGUGCGAGUAACUUUCAAUAUUUCUACAAUUUGUUAACUUCAAGUUGGCUACUAAUUUAAAUAUUUAUAUUUACAUAUCAAUUUGAAAUUUGUGUCGAAUAAAUGAAGUAGAAAAAGAGCAUAAAAUUCUAUCCUAUUUGUUACUUAAUUUUAUAUUAAAUUCUUUGUCUGUGGGUACAACGCUCAUUAAAUUUGAUAAUGACACACUAACAGAAACAUAAUUUUAAUGAGACUAUUAAUGCAAAUUGUUUUGAAUAAUAAUUUAUUGUUAAUUAUAAUAGACCCAGUUAAUGUGUAACGCGAUACUUAUGUGAAUUUCUAUUGUAAUUAUAUUUUAUAGUGUAGAGUAGUGUUGAAACGGCGUGGAUAUUUAGAACGAGUACAAACUAUUUGAAUUUUUUCAUAUAGACACGAACAAGUAUGAAACAAUAUAAAAGAUAAGUUGCAUAGUCCGAAUUAACAUUAGCUAUUUACUAAAGGCUAAGACACAUGGCUCGAUAAUUUUCUUGAUCCUUAGUUUUCUGUCAUGUGUAAGUAGUCUUUAGAUAAUAACGAUGAUGUAAUUUUUUUUUUGUAAAUCUUGUUCUCGCCCAAUGUACACUUUCAAGUAAUUUAAUGCACUGCAUUGUAAAAAAAUCCAUUUCUAACGAAAUAUAGAACUGUUAGAGUUAUUAAAGAUUAUCAUAGUUUGUAAUAAAUUAACAAUGCUUUGUAGGUGUUAUGUUUAUAAUGCCAUAGUUACUUCUGAUAUUUAAAAAGAGAAAUGAGUAUUAUUUUUAGAUACAAAUUAUAUCUUUAAGAAGUUGCGUGUCGAUUUAAAACGUCAUUUAUUUAGACAAUAAGGUAAAUGGAUGUCUUAGUGCUUUUGUGUAAAUUUUUUUGAAUAAUAUAUGUGGAAAAAUUCA